AUGUCUCAAGCAGACGGUCCCACUCUCAAAGCCAUCUUCAACACAGGAUUUGCUCUCUCACAAGCAGUAUCCAGAAAAUUAUCUUCAUCUGAGCCCCAAGCCCAGAGCAUGUCUGUCUUCUCUUCAACUCCUGGUCUUCCCACUGAUCUCACAACUCCACGUCCCAAGAGAUCAAAGGUCCCAGGUCCUGCAACCCAACUUCUCAAUGAAUUAUUCGAAGAAAUUGAUGACAUUGAAGCAGUCGAGUCAACCGAUGAUUCUACCUAUGUUGAUGUUCAGCAUGCGCGUCAGAGAGCUGGUAGACUAGGACUAAGAUCUAGAUCUCGAAUCGAAAGAUCGUUCAAGAGCAAGUCAUUGGAUGGUCCACAACAAUCAAUGAGUUCCUCCGACCAUUUUAUGAAUUCCUCAGUCGAGUAUUCACAUCUCACUGUAAGCCCCGAAGAAGAUCUCCAAAAGCUCUCAGACAGAUUUGGAGAAAUUCAAUCUAGGAAUAAAAAAAGCAUCGAAGCUGACGACGAGACUAUCUGUAACUCUCUUCCAGAACUGAACACUGGAUAUUUCUCACGCUACGCUAAGUUAAGAGGUUCUGCUAAAGCCCGUGAGCAAGAAUUUCAAGAUGCUUUGAAGAAGGAGAAAGAGACCUAUGAACCUACGUCUGGUUUCCUCAAGAAGCAGAUGCCUGGUCUUAGUGCUUCCGAGAUGCGCAAACGAAUCCCAAAAUUGAUCAUUGCUGAAGCAGAAUAUGAAUUCGAUGAGGAGGAUGAAAAUGAGAAAUCAGCAAUUCAGAUCCUCGAGGCACUUUUUAAGGAGCUGGCGGAGAGAGAUGCUAGUACCGAUAAGGAUCAGUUGAAGAGUGCCAGACAGAUCAUCGAGGGGGUGCAAAAUGAGGGCAAAGAUCAUGGAGAAAAACAAGCCGUUGCGACAGGCGAUAUCGAAGAUGACUUUGUUCAUAUGGAUCAUAAGUCUGAAAAGAGCCAUGGUCUCGGUCAUGAUAUCUACAAAUCUCGUGAAAGCAACAUCUUCGCAGAUUUCGCCGAACAAACAGACGAUGAGAUUCGAGAGUAUUCCGCUAUAGCCCAACAAUACAUUAAAGACGGGUGUAAAGUUAGACGACUUGAACAAAUUAUCGAGAAGGAUGAGGAGGAACUGGUACAAUCGCAGCAACAAAAUAAAGUCGAACCAGAAUUCAGAAGCUACUGCUCUCCGCGAGAUCGAAAAAAGGACCAUGAAGAAACUGCAGAAUCGCAACAAAUUCUCUACAAAGUUUCUCCCGUGAUGGAAUCCCCCAUAGUCAAUGACAAAGACACAAUCCCACAAGAACAACCAGAAGUAGGAGGAAACACAAAGGAAGACGCAGACUCUCAGGACUCUCCACAAGGUCAUGGUACUCCUGAGAAUCAGAAUCCAGAAAUCGAUAAACCUGUUGAUGAAUUUACCAGUAUUAGUUUUGGUGAUCUUGAUAUCUCGGAUUCUACUUCUUGUGAUGGAAACGACUCGGAGGAAGAAGACGAAAUGCAAUUUGGUAUGGCGGCGGUAGCGACAGGGGUUAUGAUUGCCGCUUUGUGGCUGAUCGAGAGGAAGACAGCAUUUUGCUAG